GGUGGAAUAAGGUUCUUUGGAACGGAAUAUAAGGAGUUGGAAGGAUAGUAGUGGAGGCUCUACUGUUUUUGAUUGAUUUUUCUUGAGCCCCUACGGCGCUCUCUCUCUCUUCCGUCUUCAAUCCAUAUUGUGCCGGUGGCAAAGAAAGAGAUCUAUAUGAAGGAGAUGAACGUGAAGAUCAGUCAUGGUUCUGAAGCUGCAGUAAGCAACGGUGGUGGUGGUGGGUAUGGUGGCGCUGCUGUCUCGAGCUCAAGAGUUUCAUCUCUCCUGGCCUCCAAAGAUCGUGACUACCUUCUUUCUCCGACUGGAAACCAGGUGACAGUUUCUGAUCUUAAUGAGAAGAUAAUAGGCAUCUACUUCUCAGCCAAUUGGUACCCGCCAUGCUGGAACUUCAACCAAGUCCUGGUUGGCAUCUACGAGCAGCUGAAGAGCAGUGGGUCCAACUUUGAGGUUGUGUACGUGUCAUCUGACGAAGACUCUGAAGCCUUUAACAAAUACCAUGCAUGCAUGCCGUGGCUGGCGAUUCCUUUCUCUGACUUGGACACCAAGAAAGCCUUGAACCGUAAGUUUGAUGUGGAAAGUAUUCCCAGCUUGGUUAUUUUGCAACCUAAUGAUAACAAGGAAGAGGCGUUGAAUGAUGGAGUUGAAAUUAUCUACCGUUACGGGGUCGAUGCCUUCCCUUUUACAAAACAAAGGUUGGAGGAAUUGCAAGAUGAGGAGAAGGCGAGGCAUGAGAACCAAACUCUGACCAAUUUACUAACAAACCAUGAUAGAGAUUAUCUUUUGGGUCACCCCACGCCUAAACAGGUGUCAGUUGCUUCAUUGAGAGGCAAAACCAUUGGACUCUACUUCUCAGCUCAAUGGUGUCGUCCGUGCGUUAAUUUCACUCCAAGGUUGAUCUCCAUCUACGACAUGAUUAAGGAGAAAGUGCUAGUGGAUGAUCACGACGGAGAAGACUUCGAGAUAGUAUUUGUGUCGAGUGAUCGUGACCAAACUUCGUUCGACUCAUACUUCAACACCAUGCCAUGGCUAGCGUUACCCUUUGGGGAUCCAAACAUAAAAGAACUUGUCAAGCAUUUUGACGUCAAAGGUAUCCCUCGUUUGGUAAUUUUAGGGCCUGAUGGUAAAACUGUGACCCAGCAGGGCAGAAAUCUUAUAAACUUAUACAAAGAAAAUGCGUAUCCCUUUACGGAUGCCAAAGUGGAGUUGCUGGAGAAGAAAAUGGAUGAAGAGGCUAAGAACCUCCCUCGGUCGGUGUACCACGGAGGACAUCGACACGAGCUGAAUUUGGUGUCGGAGGGCAACGGAGGAGGGCCCUUCAUAUGUUGUGAUUGUGAUGAACAAGGAUGUGGUUGGGCUUACCAGUGUCUUGAAUGUGGAUAUGAGGUGCACCCCAAGUGUGUGACUGCUACCACUCCCAAUAGCAAUACCAACACCAAUAGGCCGACGUUGAUAAGAACGGGACUCUAGAUUACAAUGAAUUUAUAACUGCCACCAUGCAUCGCCAUAAACUGGAGAGGGACGAACAUUUGUACAAGGCUUUCCAGUUCUUCGACAAGGAUAAUAGCGGGUUUAUCACCAGAGAUGAGCUGAGACAAGCAAUGAUUGAAUAUGGUAUGGGGGACGACGCUACUAUUGACGAAAUCAUGAAUGAUGUGGAAACAGAUGAAGUAAUCAUCUACACACAAAUACGUAUUAUAUGAUGGAAGAAUCAAUUACGAGGAGUUUGAGGAGAUGAUGAGGGUUUGAGUGUUAGAAUCUAGAAUUGCAUGAAGUUUAUAUUUUGAAGAGGGAAAAUGUUACACGGAAGAGGAAAGGAUUUUUUUUUGGAAUGUGCAGAGCUCUCUGCACAGAGAGCAGUAGCACAGAUAUUAUAGAGAAAAUAUCAGAACAACACUUUUUGUUACAA